CCCCCAAACAGAUGAUGCCCCCCUUUAGCACUGGGGUCAUGGGCUGUCAUCGGGCACGUCGCCGCUGACCCAGCGCCCCCCACUUCCUCCCCCCUAAAGAUGGCCAGUGCCAAUGAGACCGAAGAGGCCCACGGCUCAGUGCCCCACGCUGCCUCUACCUAUGCCAAGCUGCUGCUCCUGGGCGUCAUCAUCUGUGUGAGUCUGGCGGGGAACCUCUCCCUCUCGCUGCUGGUCUUGAAAGAGCGUGGUCUCCACAGGGCCCCCUACUACUUCCUGCUGGACCUGUGCCUGGCAGACGUGAUCCGCUCGGCUGUCUGCUUCCCCUUCGUGCUCGUGUCCAUCCGCCACGGCUCUAACUGGACCUACAGUGUACUGAGCUGCAAGAUUGUGGCCUUCAUGGCGGUCCUGUUCUGUUUCCACGCGGCUUUCCUCCUCUUCUGCAUCAGCGUCACCCGCUACAUGGCUGUGGCCCACCACCGCUUCUAUGCCAAACGCAUGACCUUCUGGACGUGCGUCGCAGUCAUCUGCAUGGUGUGGACUUUGUCGGUGGCCAUGGCGUUCCCCCCGGUCUUUGACGUUGGGACCUACAAGUUCAUCCGGGAGGAGGACCAGUGCAUCUUCGAGCACCGCUACUUCAAAGCCAACGACACUCUGGGCUUUAUGCUCAUGUUGGCCGUGCUGAUCUUUGCUACCCACGUGGUUUACAUCAAGCUCCUUCUCUUUGAGUACCGCCAUCGCAAGAUGAAGCCCAUCCAGAUGGUCCCAGCCAUCAGCCAAAACUGGACGUUCCAUGGGCCAGGAGCCACUGGGCAAGCUGCGGCCAACUGGAUUGCUGGCUUUGGUCGUGGCCCCAUGCCUCCCACCUUGUUGGGCAUCCGGCAGAACGCCCACGCAGCCAAUCGGCGCUUGCUGGGCAUGGAAGAAUUCAAGGCUGAGAAAAGGCUGGGCAGGAUGUUCUACGUCAUCACUUUACUCUUCUUGGUUCUGUGGUCACCCUACAUUGUGGCCUGCUACUGGAGGGUCUUCGUCAAAGCCUGUAGCAUCCCCCACCGCUACCUCUCCACAGCCGUUUGGAUGAGCUUCGCCCAAGCUGCUGUCAACCCCAUAGUUUGCUUUCUACUCAACAAGGACCUCAAGAAGAGCUUGGUUGCCCACAUUCCUUGCUGGAGGACAGAGCCUGAACUGCCCAGGGAGCCUUACUGCGUCAUGUGAAGGGCGCUGAGGGUCAGCUCAAAGGCACCCGCCUGUGCCAAACUGAGUCUGGAUUUUGUUUUGAACCUUUCUUUUUUAUACACAUCACAUGAGAUGCCAAUUGAUGGGUCAUUCUGCUUCCCUCCCCCCACCCCAGGCAACCUUGGCCAUGGUUCUCCAGAGUAAGGGGUGCGGCAAAUGGACUCUGAGCUCUCAGGCACCCCCCAGGGCAAAUAUCCAAAAUCACCUAACUGCCUCAAGGAGAUCAGAGCCGGAUUCUGAUCUCAGCUCCCCUGGCGUAAAUCCAGAACUAUACAAUGACAGUUAAAUGUCCUGACUAGUAUCCCGGCCUUUUCUUAGACAGAGGACAAAGUGCCCACUGCUUUAUGGUUUGUUUUUCUUGUUUUUCUGGUCUCCAGACUCUUAUCCCAUGGCUUACAUCAAACACCCCAGAAGUCCAUACAGCCUCAGCCCACGUUUCAUAAUAUCCAUUAUUUCUACUUCUUUAAUCUGGCAGCUCUAAAGAUAUGCCUGCAAAUGCUGAGCGGACCAGAGUCAGAUUCGUAGCCUCGGUUUCCCAGAAUAGCACUAGUCUCAGCCUCGGAAGGGUUGGUCCAGAUUGACACCCGGAGGGCAGUGAAGGGGGCAGAGCUCUGAAGUUAGCAUCUGCUGCUCUGCGAGGGUCAGUCCCUAAGCGAAGCCCUUCCGUAAGAGUUCCUAAAAUUCUGGGGCUACAGAGGCAGGCAGGGAAGAAAGCGACAGGCUCAGCUGUUUUGAGGGGGACGUCCGGGAGCCAGCAGUGACUUAGCUCUUGUCAAUCGGAAAGCUGUAACUAGGGAGCCUGGGAAACCCCACCUCAGUUGCUAUAGCAGCAGCCAAUCCAAGGCCCGGCAGACCAUGUCACCCUGGAACAAUGCAAGCAGGAAGAUGCAGGGCGGGGUGUGGGGGAGGAUAAACCCACCAAGAAAUCCUAGCACUGUGUUCCCCAGAGAGGGAAGGGGGACGGCAGAGACACCACCAGUCGACAGCGCAGAGAGGCGGGAGGGAAAGUGCGUAAGGCAGGCCUCAGGAGAGGGAGGGGUGGCGGCGGCACAUCCCCUUCUAAAGCGAAGAGCAGACAUUCCAAGGCAGGCCUUCAGUGCCCCUCUCUUAUCCACACACAUCCCGACCCCCCUGGUUCACAACUUCUGUCUUGGCCAUAGCACAUCACCCGAGAGCUUGUUUAUGCUCUGCUUUGAGAGAGAGGCUUACAGACAAUGAUUUCCGCCCCCCCCCCCGGCCCCCAAAGUUGUUGUAGCGCCUUUCUGGAUUUAUCCCAGUGGACAAAUAUGAUUUGGUGAAUAGCCAGCCACAGUUGUCAGGUCUGGGGGUGGAAGAGAGAGCAUACGGUCCCAGGGGUUCCAUCAGGGCUUGAGAGUCCAAAAGUCCAGCUUUGAGCAAAGAGCCUCAAAGGGGCCGGGGUCAUGUGAGCUGGUUCUGCUCCUGCCCCUGGGAGAGUGCAGUGGGUGGAGCAAGUGGGGGAAAGGCUCCAGACCCGAGUUUAGAGAAUUUCAGUAAGGGAGGGGGAAAGCACGUGUGUGUAGGGGAGCGGGGUCUGGACCCCUGGCUCUGUUUCUGUCUCCAAAGAUUAACAAAGCCUGGUUCAGCUGGGUUUCUUCUUUGCUGGGAUGCGCGUCCGCCACAUUGCCAGGACUUCCAAAUCCAAUCUGAUUGAUUUUCCAGCCAUGUUGUCCGAUCCCCGCUGAGAAGGAAGGGGGCAGGGCAUAUAUAUAGGGCAUUCUCAUCAAAUGACUGUCCCCGGCAUUGAGAUACUCCUUAUGGGUGGAGAGGGAGAGAGCGUGCAGGAGGUGGCCAGCAGGGAAGGCUUGGAAGGGGCGCUGUUGGGAGAAAUGGGAGAAAAGCAGAGAGGAGAUGGGCCAGGGCCAGCGGUAUGGGAGCAGAGCUGAGAGGGGGAGGUGGGGGAAUCUGAGCGGGGUGGUGGAGGAAGGAGGGAACGUGGGGGACCCAGAGAGCCGUGGGCGGGGGGGGGAGGGUUGGGCCUCGUCCCCACUUUUCCCCCUUUGAAGAAUCCCGGCUUGGACUUUUGCUGUGAAGAGAAGACUGACUGACCCUCCAGCCCUGCCACCAGGAAAUCAAUGGCCUUAAUCACUGGCCAAUGUUGUGGCCACCCCGUGGAAAUCCAUAUCUGGAAAAGAUGGGAGAUGAACACAGAUCAUUUCCAGAAUUCUUUUUUCUGGAAAGAGACAUGAGAGAAAUGAAGAUUUUCUUUCUUUUCUUUUUUUUAAAGGAAAGUGAAUAAAGGAAUUGUGACUUCAGCAAGGGGAGGGAGGGUUGGGUGGGGGCCCA